ACCAAAUACUGGAAGUUCUACAAUUGGAAUAAGUAUGGCAAAAAAGUCACCGUAGGCAAAGGCAGUGUCUGGGACAAAGCCUGGGGUAUUCCUGAACAUGGCGGCUGGCUAUGGUUCUGGAAAGAUGCUGAUAAGCUUAAGAACGUCGUUGUCAGUGAUCCUUCCGGAAGAAAAAAGAAGGACUUGAUGCUCCGGGUCAAAUAUCCCAAAGGAUCCAGAAACCCUGAAGUCAACCCUAUUGGCGGCCUUGGCUUUAAGGCAGCUCCUUUAAAACUGGAUAAUAAAGUAAAAACGGUCGAAUUGCAAUACAGUGUUUAUUUCCCCAAGGGAUUCAAUUUUGUUCGAGGUAGUGGUAAGCUUCCAGGCCUUUAUGGAGGCCACGGUGAAUGCACCGGCGGUGAAGAGUCCAAGUCUUGCUUUACAACAAGACUUAUGUGGCGCCAUAAAGGUGAAGGUGAAGUCUAUGCUUAUUUACCUGACUCUGUUCAACGGCCCGAUCUGUGUGACAAUAAAGUCAAUAUCUGUAAUCCUGACUAUGGCUUCAGCCUGGGUCGCGGUACUUUCAAAUUCACUACCGGUGAAUGGAUCUCUGUCCGUCAAACAUUGACGAUAAAUACUGCUGGCAAAAAGAAUGGUAAGAUUACCCUUCAUAUCAAUGGCAAGAGAGUCAUGACAGAAGACAGACUCAUCUUCCGUACAAAGAACGCUGGCUAUGUUGGUGGUAUUAUGUUCCACACUUUCUUCGGGGGGUCUGAUAGCACAUGGGAAUCACCAAAGACUCAAUACAGUUAUUUCAAGAAUUUCAGUCUUAAAGCAUCC